CCGACGUGGAAACCAUACAGUGCGUUUGACGAUUACAUUAGAAUCCAGUUUCUUGGCAGGAUUUGCGGUUUGCGGGUUUACACGUUGUAACAUAUGGUUGAUGACGUGUUUAUUUUAUCUUCAGCUUGGGUGCAGCCCAGCAGAGCGUUACAGGUCUUGAUUAUUCAUUACAAUAUUAACAUGAUGCGAGAAGAAGAGGAGGAGGAGACCGUGUUUGAUCAGGAGGGACUUUUGGGUGGAGAGAAGAAAUCUUCAUGUGGAUCAGCAUGGCUGCGGAGAUUCUUAAAAACCAUUGCUCUGUCACUUGCCUUCUUUGCUCUGGGUCUCUGCAUUGCCAUUCCUGGCCCAACGUUGCUGGACCUGGGAGAACGAACUAACUCUUCCACUGAAGCUAUCUCCCUCAUUUUCACAGCACGGUCAGUAGGCUAUCUGUUUGGCUCUGUCAUUGGAGGUGUGCUGUUUGACUACUUUGACCAACAGAUUCUCCUCUUCUAUACACUUGGGCUAACAUCCUUUGCCACCAUCACCAUACCCUGGUGCACACUGCUGGCUACUCUAGCAGCAAUGAUUGCUGUGCAGGGCAUAGCCAUUGGAAUUCUUGAUACAGGUGGCAAUGUUUUUUGCCUCAAGAUAUGGGGCAAGGCCAGCCCUCCCUACAUGCAGACCUUACACUUUGCAUUUGGCGUGGGUGCUUUCUUGGCGCCACUUCUAGCACACCCUUUUCUUAUGGGAGAGGGCCCUCUGGGGUCUAACACUACAGCUGUUUCCAGUCACAUCCCAAUUAACACCAAACUCCCAAAUAUUCUUCAAGGUGCCGGUGUAGGUGAAAGCUUUGAAAAAAGUGACAGUCAUCUGACGGAUGAAUUUGGGGGAUGGUGGUUGACUGGAAGCAAACAGCACAGAGUUCCAAGGGAGUCUUCUGAGAGAAAUUUAACUUCCGAAAGUGACACAUAUACUUCAGGAAACGACAGCUUUUUAAACACAACAACAAGCCUUUCUACAGAGAAAGCUACAACAGUGAGGGCCCCAAAGCCAGAUUCAGCAGAUGCCAGACACUUGAGUAAAGAUGGCCAUGUUGCUAGUAGUAAGUAUCUUAACCAGGAACUGGAAAAACUAAAAGAGAAAGAGAGAGAAAAGACUUCAACUGGAGAAGAUUCUGAUCAUAAACAAGUAAAUGAUGAUGUGGCACAGACUACAAAUAAGACUUUAUUGUCUUCAAAUGACAGAUUCUCUAAUUUGACAUCUACUGGUGAUAAGGAACUAAAUGCUUCACAUACUGCAGCAUCCUUUUCUUUUUACACUUUACCAGCCACCCUCCCACAAGCCUCUACUCCCAUGCCCACCACAUCUGCCAUUAUGAUAAUGAUUCCUUCACCAGCAGCUAUCAGUCACAGUGUUACAACCACGACUGCAAAGCCUGUCGAGGAGCCAAGCAUCAAGGCAGAGGAUCAAACUAGCAUUGCAGUAGUGACUCCAGGUUCAUCUACAUUGAACAAUACCAGUGAUACUACAUCUGCUGCUGUUACCACAGGCCCACGCAAGUCAAAGCCCCAGAUACUUGAUGCUAUUUCAUCAGCUUUGGAUGCUGUCAAAAACAUGUCCAAAAUUCAAUUUGCCUACCUCACGAUUGGGUUAUUCCUUCUGCUUGAUGCAACCUUCUUUGCCCUUCUGUAUUGCAGAGAUUAUCGGGCUGGCACGCUGCUGCAUCAGGUGGAAGCAUUGGGGCCAGCACCUGUUCACCUUCCACGGUGUUUCCGCACCACCCUGCUGCUUUUUCUCUUCAUUUUUUUUCUGGUGUAUGUGGGGAUGGAGGUGACUUUUGGGGCCUUCCUGGCAACAUUCUCUGUGGAGUCAAACCUGAUAAAAUUGAGUCGUCCUGAUGGAGCCAUGCUGACUGCCUUGUUCUGGGGCUGCAUUGCCAUGGGUCGGGGGCUAGCCAUACUGGUUGCUCGCUGCUUCAAGCCGCCGUGCAUGCUGGUUUCAGGCCUAGUGUUCAUGGUGAUUGGAGCCUUGCUCCUCAGUUUUACUUUACAGGCCUCACCCACAAUGCUUUGGGUCGGGACAGUGACACUGGGGCUGGGCAUGUCUUCCAUCUUCCCCACAGCAGUGUCUUGGGCCAACUGCUACUAUCCACUGACAGGUAGAGCUGCAGCAGUCUUUGUUGCAGGAUCAGGUGUUGGGGAGAUGACCAUUCCUGUGCUGACAGGAUACCUAUUUGAAAACUAUACCAAGAUGUCAUUGAUGUACAUGAUUUUGGGCCUAGCUGUAGUGCUGACAGGUGUCUACACUUGUCUGCAGUGCACAGCCUCACGGCACUGCAACCACCCCUCUGCAUCCAAAAUGGGCUUUGUUCGGCUACAGACUGAGGAUGAGGUCAUUGCUCUGGACAGCGUGGGCAUGGGUGAAGUGGUCAAUGGCAUGACAGGGUUGAAAGAAAAUGUCCAUCGCCGUAGGCCAGGUGCUAGCAGUCGUGUUGAGAACAAGGAAGAAACUGCCUGCCUUGUAGACAUUGCAGAAUAGGUACUCUUGGAUCUAAGCUGUUUGCAUGACUCUUCACAGUUGAAACUUCAACAUAGAUAUUAGAGCAAGUUAACAUUUAAUAUGUGUGUGUGUAUUUAUGUGCAUACUUGCACAUAUGCAUGAAUGUUGGCAUACACCUGUGUAUAUUGAUGUAUAUGCUUGUGCUGCCUGUUUGUUGAUGAAAAGCCCUUUCCUUAGUAUUUUGCUUAUGACAUGCUUGUGAUCGAAAGCUGGCAUGGAACACAGAACGCAAGUUUAAGAUAUAUUGUUUGAAAUUUUGUGACUGGUUGAACCCAGUCCUAAUAUGUUCAUCCGUUGAUGCAUUGUCUACUGCUUAUUCUCUGUACUGUUGACUCCACUGAUGGUGCUGUUUGUUUUGCAUAGUGUAAUGACUGUCAAGUUAUGCAUGUAUCAAGAAUGACCCAGGAUACUUCUACACUAUUUUGCGAUCCUUUAUAUUUUUGAAAUGAAGAAUCUUGCAUUUAGGACUGUUUUAAAUAUUAAAAAAUCCUGUGUGCAUCAUGAUCUGUAUUUUUCAUCUUCUUUGUAAACAUUCAGGUGAGUCCUGAUAAUGGAACAACUUUAAAUUGUGUUUGUAAGCACAGUCCCUGUUUGUAUUCUUCCUGCUGUUACCUCCGUGCAAAAAUUUAUAACUGAUGAAAACAGUGAGUGAGAGCAUGAAUCAGGUGAAUGAGUAGUCAGCUUGUGAUGAGAACAUGGCUUACCUUGGGAGAUUUUGUUGAGACCCAACUUACUGAAAAGUUGUUACUCAUGCUAUUUUUUUUCUGGAUCUUGAAUUUUUUGCAAAAGAACAAGGUCUUUCAGGGUUCCUUUAGUGCAUGAUGCCUGUUGCAUAAAAGGUGUAUUCUUCUGUACAUUUUAGAUUCAGCAUUGUGUGGAAAUAAUAUUGUAAACCCGCUGUUAGUGAAAAUGGACAAAUUUUGGUAACCAGUCAAGAUAUAACAGACUCAAAAAAGUGUCUUUAAUACACAGCAUCCCACCCCUGAGUCUAAGAAAUGUGACUAGAUUACUAAAAAUAAUCAGUGUACUUUAACAUGUUAUCUAACACAUAGAAUCUUGGCUGCUUAUUGCAUGGAACUAGUUAAAGUAGACACUAAAGUAAAGUUUAUCUUGCUUCGUGCUUUAGUGCUUUUAAAAGGUUUCUUGAAGGCUAAUAGAGUAUCUCAACACUUUGUCACACUCCUCUUGCCCCCUUUUUAACUAGAGUUUUGUUGCGUUGUACAUAUCAACUUUAAUGGUCACUCUUGUACUUAAUGGUGCAAGAUUUUGUGGAUAAACUUUUAUGUGAUAUGUACAUUUUCUUCUGGAAUUUGUGCUGAUAUGGUGACAUUUUUUUGAAGGUUGUAAUUUGUUGCAAAUCACUUUAUUUUUUUAAUCAUUGUUGCUUCUAUCAUUCAACUUAAAAAAAAUAACUCAGCUUGUUUUUCAUGCUGUGCAGUUUUGAUGGUCUUUCAUCAUCAGUCAUCCUGGGAAAUGGAAGAUAAAAAUUGUGGAAUUAAAAAUUAUAACAGAUUGCUGUGAUUUUGUAAAGUCAUCAAAAGAUCCCUCGAAGUAAGAUUAAUAUUGUGAAAGAAUAUUGCUCAUUUUCAGUGGAUUCUUCUUCAUGUGUUUCUUUACUGUAGCCACUGCAGGCAUGUCUUGACGUGAAUUAGUACCAUUUCAUUUUUCAUUGCUUGUGUCUAUUUGAAACAAGAUCAUAAUGCAGAGUAAAUAAAGGUGAGUAAACAUUACUUUCUCUGGAAGUGUGAUCAGAGAAGGUAGAAACAUAUUUCAUGUGUUGCAGAAGUGAAAACCUCCCCUCUUUUGUUUCUUGUACUUAAGUUCUGUAAAAAUAAAAUGCUGAAUUUGCAGCCUCUCUAAAAAUCUGUAUAGAUAUACUAGUUGUUGACUUAACAGUUGUAAGCGUUGCAUGAUAAGUAUAAAAUGAUUUUUAUUUUACUUAUGUUUACUUACAUACUUUUGUAGUAUAGGUUUGGUAUCUUACAAAUUUUUUCAACUUCAACAUAUGGCUUUGACAACAUUAUUUGACUUCACAUUUUGUUUUAUGCAGAAAAUCAAUUUAAAUUCAGAAAAUCAUGUAGGCAUGCUUUUUGGGCUUGUAUUCUAGAGUUUAUCAAUGAGAUUUUAAGCAAUAUUUUUAGGACCUGCACAGUAUUUCAAAUCCUCUAUAGUCUGGCUCAUGCAUCUCAUUAUCAGUAUUUUUUUGGAAGUGUGUAAAAAUAAACAAAAUAUUUUAAUUUCAUUGACCAGACAGCAUUCCUAGAAUGAUGAAAUGUAGACUAAAUAUAACACAGGCUACCUUUACAAUGUUUUUGUUAAAUUGUUUCAUGUUCUAAAUGUUAAAGUUCCUUCCCUUGGCUUACAGAAUUGAGUAAGUGUGGUUCUAUUAGCUUUAGUGUCCCUUUUAAUCUAAAAAUUGUACCAGCGGUUAAAUGAUGCUUCCUGUAUCUGUUUUCAGAUGCAAUAAUUGUAACGUUUUGUUUGUGAAACCUCUUUUUUCUUACCUGCUUGUGCAGGAAUUUCACUCAUGUCUGAUGCUAGAUGGGACCAUGUAAGACUGUUUAAUUCAUGUUUGGUGUUUUGUGUUGUGCAGCACGUACACAUAAACGACCUAUAUUUCUUUAGCGCAUGAAGUUUAUGGAGCUGAUAAAAGCUGUUGAUAUGACUGAUGGUGGUGUACAUGAGAUACAUGUGUCUGAAACUCUCUGAAAAAGCAUUACUCAUCAUUGUGCUCACUGACAAUAACAUUUGUGUCCAGCUAUGAGAUCAAAAGUAUAAUAUGCAUAAAAUCUAAUCAAUAUCUGAGAUUUAUAUGCCUCUGAAAGAAAAGAAUACUAUUUUAAAAUUUAUUAAAAGGAUUGCAACAGUUUAACGAAGAUGAAAGGUUGCACUUUCAUGAGCUUCAGUGUACUGCCAACACUAAUCCCCAGGAAUGGAUGCGAUUGAUUUGACCAAACCAUUCCUGGGUUAUAAGCUGGAUGUGAUCAUGCAACCUUUUCCAUUUUUGAAUGUAAAAGUUUGAUUAGUAUUUGAUGCCAAGCAUGUAAGCAGAAGAAGUGCAUUAUGAAGAUGGAAAAGAGUCAUAAAUAUUCUGCAUCCUCUAAAGUCUGCUUCCUGCAGGUUUGAUUGUCUGAAACCCAUUAUCAGUAAAAGAAAGAAUUUUUCUUAAUCAUGUUAGAAAUUUUAGGUGAAUGACCAUGAAAAUGCUGGUUUACAAUGGUCAUCCUUCAAGUUGACCCUUAGGCAAUGAAACGGACUUGAAGAUUAAAACACUAGGCUCAGCAUGUUACUAUAAUCUUUGGGGACCUUUGGUCACUCAGUGUUAACUCAGUAGUGUUCAGAUUUCAGCAGUAAAUCAACAGUGUCCAUUGGGCUCUGGGUUGCUUGUUUGUGGCUCUUUUACAGGGGUUGUCUUCACCAUUGAGUAUGCUGACCUCCACAGCUGUGAUUUAAACAGACUUUGAAGAUCACAGUAAACGUGAUUCAUUUUUUGUGUUUUUGUGCCACAAUUAUUCACCUGAUAAGUUUUUUUAAAUAAAAAUGAUUUGAUUUUUGGAAUGCUCUACUUCUUUUUGAAGUGUUAAUAGAAUCUUUCAAGUCUCACCUCAAAAUCCACUUCUUUAAAGACAGCGAACUCUUCCAUUCCUUCUAUAGGUCUUCAUCUUCAUCCAUAAACUUUCUGUUUGCCACAGUGUCAUCCUUUGGAAUUUUUUUUAUUGUAACUGUUGGCUCAUUUUUAGUCUUUUGUGCACAUCAUAUCAAAUUUGUUUUCACACAGGGAGAUACGCUCAACAAAUUUACUAUUAUUAGGCACAAAAAAAAGAUAAAACAAAGUGUGCAGGAAACUUUCAAAACAGGGAAGAAAACCUUGUUUUAUUUGACAAUUAAUUGUAAAUGAUGAGUAUAUUUAGGUUAAAACACGUUUGGAGUCACUUAUUUGUAUGAAUCCACAAGUUUUGUGUGAUUGUUUUGUUGCUUUAUACAAUUUUUUUUUAUUUCAGUGAUUGGUUGACUCACUGCUGUUCAGCUUAAAUAAGUCCUAUUCCGUAUGUUGAGCCAAAUAUUUCAAGAAUAUUUUCUAAAAGCCAUUAUUCCAACCUUGUGCCCAAAACAUACAGAUCAAAAAUAGUUUUUAUGUUGAGGGAAAUAGGUCAGUGAAUUUUUUCUUUGGGCCAGAUUGGACCUUCUUACCAAGAAGUAAAGUUUAAAUAAAAAAUCUAUUGCAUAAUCUGGUAUGAACUUUGUUAUGCCCAUUCUAGCAAUCUUGCACAAUCCACUGAUAUUAAAACAAUCUCAGUUGUG